AUGAAGGAAAUAAAUUUAGAUUUUAAAGACAGGAGAAUUAUAUAUAACCUCUACAAAAAUCAAAGCGUAGAAAUUAAAAUAAAUAAUAAGUCAGCUAGUGCGAAAAUACGUAGAGGUGUAAGACAAGGGUGUCCACUUUCACCAUUAUUAUUCAACUGCUACAUAGAAAAAAGUAUUAUGGAAGUUAAAGAUAAACUUAACAGGCUUGGGAUUGGNCUAGCAGAAACAGAGCACGACCUUCAGAGAGCUCUGGAAGAAAUGCAAAUAAUUAUAAAUAAGUAUCAAAUGCGUAUAAAUUCAAGUAAAACAAAAAUUUUAGUUUGUGCUCGUGAACCCACUAUUAACGCAAAUAUUUAUUUAGAAAAUCAACUUAUUUCCCAAGUUUCUAGUUUUAAAUACUUGGAAAGUCUAAUAACAUCAGACGGAAGAAGUUCACAGGCAAUUAAACAAAGAAUCGGGCAAGCAAAAACAACUUUUAUCAAGAAAAAGAAAAUUUUGGUUUCGAAAAAAAUUAGCAGAGCAAUAAAAAAGAAUUUUUUAAAAACGUUUGUAUGGAGUGUCACUUUAUACGGCUGCGAGACAUGGGUUAUUAAUGAAAAGGAAAAAAAAUUCCCGGAAGCAUUUGAAAUGUGGUGUUGGAAACGAAUGGAAAAAAUAAACUGGACAGAAAGAGUAACAAAUGAAGAUGUAUUGACCCAAGUUGGAUAA